AUGGCGUUUCCUGACUCGACGAUAAGCGAGACGACGCUCCCGACGACGCUCCUGACGGUCAUGGACGCUUUGGAUAUAAACACAGACGGAGACGUAGACAUUUCGACGACAAGAGGCCCAAUGACUGCCUUUCUGGACGAAGACAUCAUCCAUUACAUUCUCCAUCACCUCUGGAACCUGCAUUCGACUGCUUGGGAUUCUGAAUUUCGUCCAGAAUGCUUCAGAAGAUUCUUCGCCCAGUAUUCCCUCAUCAAUUCCCACUGGACACUUCCUUCUCAACGCUACGUCUACCGGUCAGCUCUACUCCUCUGGGACGACCAGGCCCGGUCCUUUGAGGCUGGGUUGAACGGUAAGACUCGCGGACUCCAACUCCGUUCAUUUGUUCGGGUUAUGGACGUGUCCAUCUCGAACAGUAAACUUGGUGUUCCACUCCUAAAGCUUGAUAAACUCCUGGGCUUGACUCCAUACCUCGUCGAGCUACGCCUCCGAAUUGGGUCAGAGGUCAACACGCUCUUCGUUCGCAAAAAUCAGACACAGCGACUACGUGACGCCUUCUCCCGCCUCAAACCCACCCUCCGUGCACUUCAAAUCUGUAUAGCUGGGGAACAUGAGAAGAGCCACGUUCUCAAGGAGAUUCCCACUCUCAUCUCUAUCCCUUCACUCGACUUUAUAUCCAUUGCAAUUGACAGCGGCUUUGACAUCGAUAUGCCAACGGACCUAUUCCCCGAGGACGACUGGUCAAUCCACAUGGAUCAAUGGACGACGAUUUCCUGGCCAAUGGAAACAUGCGCACCCACCUUGUCCAUGAAGCGUGUCCUCUUCGCGCCGCCAGCAGGGACGACGGACACUCCCCUAGUCGCGCCUGAAGUCCUUCGACUGAACGGCGAAUACGCAUACGGCGACAUCAACGGGUCACCUCCGUUCAUUGACAUCCUCAAACCUCAUCUCAAGGAAAUUCUUUGCCAACCGGUGUUUAUGCGCAACGACUGGGCAACGUUUUGCGCCAACCUCGUCACCUUGUGCCCCAAUUUGGAGCGCCUGAUUAUCCUCCAUGUCGUUUCGGGCUUAUGGCUCAAGAAGCGGAAACAGGGCGCCCUAGCUCGAAUGAGGAUUCUUGAACGAGAAGAUUGGGAGAUCAAGGACGCCGACUGGCCACAGGAUGAAAAGGGCGAGGUGCCUCCUGAGUGGGAGUUUCUCGAAGAACUCGCAGCCCAAGCCGACCCAAAGGAUGUAAUCAGGGAGAAAAUCCUGAGCAAUGGCUCACAUAUCGUCACGUUCCGAGACGAACCCACAAAAUCCUGGAAAGAGAAGAACAUGCAAGAGAAGACGCAUCGACGACCGGAUGUUUUAGAUGUUCGUUGGCUGGCGCCUGCUUUGGCCGGGGUGGAGGAAGACAGGGAACCGCAGGAGUUUUAUGACCAGUACGAGUACUCGUGGCUGGAUCCCCUGCCGAGGUACAAUCAAUACCUAAUCGCAAUCCGGAAAUCCCAAAUUAUAAUAGAAACCCCUGUAUAA